UCUAUUCAUUCAACCUUUUUAACAUGGCCGCUCUCAUGACUGAAAUUCAGAGCUCCGAACGCGAUCCAACAUUCGAGGAUUUACAGCUCAAAAAAUGGAUAAUCGACCAGCUAAACUCGCUAGGCAUCAAGAAACCCUCGCCCGUCCAGCAAAAUUGCAUCCCUUCCAUACUAAAAGGAAAAGACUGCAUCGGGUGCGCCAAAACUGGGAGCGGCAAGACCCUCGCUUUCGCGCUGCCCAUUUUACAGAAGCUCUUCGAAGACCCCUACGGCAUUUUCGCCUUGGUGUUGACACCGACCCGUGAGCUAGCCUUCCAGAUCUCGGAGCAAUUCAAAGUGAUCGGAAAAGCCGUCGGUCUCAAGGACUGCGUGAUUGUGGGCGGCAUGGACAUGGUCACCCAGGGCAGGCUCCUCGCAGAGAGCCCUCACGUGGUGGUGUCGACGCCGGGGCGCCUGGCCGACCACCUGGAGAGCUGCAACACCUUCACGCUAGGGAGGAUCAAGUUCCUCGUCUUGGACGAGGCUGACAGACUGCUCGAGGGACACUUCAACGAACAGCUGAAGACUAUAUUUUCUGCCCUGCCCAAAAGCCGGCAGACGCUGCUGUUCAGUGCCACCAUCACCAAAACACUGGAGGAGCUGCGGAGCGUUGCGAUGACCGACCCUUUCUUCUACACUGCUCCGGCGGAGGUGGCGACGGUGGAAGAGCUGGACCAGCGCUACGUGCUCACGCCGAGUCAUGUGCGGGACGCCUACCUUGUGCACGUGCUGCAGCGGUUCCUGAACUCCGUCCCAAAGGGCUCCGUCGUCAUCUUCACGAGCACCUGCAAGAACUGCCAGGUGCUGUCCAUGGCGCUGAAGUCCCUGGGUUUUGCCAAUGUGGCGCUGCACUCCCAGCUGCCCCAGAGGGAGCGGCUCGCCGCUUUGGCCAGCUUCAAGUCCAACACCACUCGUGUCCUGGUGGCCACAGAUGUGGCCAGCAGAGGUCUGGACAUUCCGUGCGUGGAGCUGGUGCUGAACCACAACGUGCCCUCUGUGCCCAAGGACUACGUCCACCGCGUGGGGCGCACGGCACGUGCCGGUCGAGGGGGCAUGGCACUCACGCUGGUCACCCAGUACGAUGUGAACCUACUCAGGGCCAUCGAAGAACUCAUCAACACCAAGCUCUCUCUGCAUCCGACCAAGGAGUCCGAGGUGCUGAAGAUCCUGACCCAGGUGUCGGUCGCCUUACGGGAGGCCGAGAUCCGUCUGGACGAGCAAGACUUUGACGAGCGCAAGCUCAUCAAUCGGCGCAAGAAGCUGCUGCUCCAGGGAAUGGACCCGGACGAGGUGGAGAAGAAGCGCCAGCAGAGGCAGCGGCGCAAGCUGCGCAGGGCCAAGCAACGGCACAAGGGGGCCAAGGCUGCGCGGGCGGGGCUGGGCGUACGGGCCAGCGAGGGGAAGCUCACUGCAUGAGCCUCUUUGUACAGGGAGGGGUGCCCUCGUGAAGGGCGGCCUCGACACAUCAUGUAAAUUCAACGCCGUAAUAAACCGAGUUUCAGAAGUUUC